CUCCUAAAACAGAAACAAGUAAAAGUAAAUAAAAAAGGAAAGAGGAGCGCCCUUUUCCCUCUAUGCUUUGAUUGCUUUCUCUCCAAAAACCUUAAACCAAUCGAAAACCAAUAACCACCGCCAGGCAGACAUGGGAUUGGGAUUUCUUCUCCUUCCGCUUCUGGCGGUGAUCGGCGCCGUGUCCGGAGCAUCGCCGGCCCCGAAAUCCAGCAAACGAAGCAGCGGAGGAGGAAGCAUCUACGAUCACCUCCGGCAAUAUGGGCUGCCCAUCGGCAUCCUCCCGAAAGGCAUCACGAAAUACUCCCUCGACGACACCAACGGCGAAUUCCGGGUCUUCCUCCCGCAGCCCUGCCACGCCAAGUUCGAGAAUCAGGUCCGCUACGAUUUCAACGUCUCCGGCACUCUCUCCUUCGGCCGCAUCGCCGAUUUAUCCGGCGUCUCCGCUCAGGAGCUCUUUCUUUGGUUUCCGGUCAAAGGCAUCCGUGUCGAUGUGCCUAGCUCCGGCCUCAUUUACUUCGAUGUCGGCGUCGUUGACAAGCAGUUCUCUUUGUCCCUCUUCGAGUCUCCGCCCGAUUGUACUGCUCUCGAUCCUUCUGAUCCCUCCUCCUCCUCCUCUUCUUCUUCUAAUUACGCAUCUGCCCCUGCGUCCUCCUUCUCCUCUGACCUCAACCUCAAGCUCAAGAAUGAACCGCAAGAUGUUGGUGAAAGAAGUGAACUGAAGGCUGCAUCAUAGAUUGCACAGGAGGGGAGAGAUACAGUUCAAGUAAUCUCAAUCAAGUCAAGCUGAGGGGUUUAGUUUAUUUUAUGUUUUCUCCUUUAGCCUGAAGUGGAUGACAGAGAUUCUGUUUUGGCCUCUGAAUAUGUGUGCUUGCUUGCUUGCUUGCUGUUCUGUACUGACAUGUCGGCCUGAUGCUUGUGUCUUUGCGGCAAAAUUAGAACAAUUUUGUUAAGGAGAAGAGAGAGAGAGACAGAAUGAAAGGAGACGCAAUGAAGAUUGGGUUGGUUGGUCUAUAUAUAGUAAUAUUAGUAGAGAGUCAAGAGUCAGACGAGGGCAUCGGGUCAGGUUGGUUCUGGUUCACAAAUUUGCUUGAAAUUUAUGUCAAUUGGUGUUAUCAUAUAUAAGUUUACUUGUUAUUAUGGAUACAAUGAAUGAUAUAUUGGUUGUUCAGUUAUGUAUUGAGUUUUGAUCGAGUCUUCUGUAAAUGUUAUUAUAGAAUCUGAUUUCCUUGG